CGAAUCAUAUAGUUAGCCUGUCCAAUUCCUUCAUAACAUGACGACUGUCAACAACAUGGCGAGUUUUCUACGCAGUAUCAACCGAGCUCUCUUGCAAUUCCACCCUGGUUUGUCUCGUAAAGUUAGCAAGCCCUUGGCAAGAUGUAUAUCUACUACUCAGUGUCUCAAUGUGGAGUUUUAUGAGAAUCCCUUAGAAGCCGUUAGUGAUAUACCUGAUAAUUCAACACUUCUUGUUGGAGGAUUUGGACUUUGUGGCAUCCCAGAAAAUCUCAUUCAAGGACUAUUAGAUACAGGGGUAAAGGGUAUUACAGCUGUCAGCAAUAAUGCUGGUGUGGAUGAUUUCGGCCUUGGUCUCCUCCUGAAGACGAAACAGAUUAAGAGGAUGGUGUCAUCAUACGUCGGUGAGAAUGCAGAGUUUGAAAGGCAGUAUUUAUCUGGAGAAUUAGAAGUGGAGCUCACACCACAGGGUACCUUAGCGGAGAGGAUACGAGCGGGAGGAGCAGGGGUACCAGCUUUCUUCACCCCGACCGGUUUUGGCACCCUAGUACACCUUGGUGGAUCACCCAUCAAGUACAACGAUGAUGGGUCGGUGGCUAUCACUAGUGAACCUAGGGAGUCAAGAAUGUUCAAUGGCAUUGACUACAUCAUGGAGAAUGCUAUUGUAGGAGACUAUGCUCUUGUGAAGGCAUGGAAGGCUGAUAGGGCAGGAAACCUCAUCUUCAGAAAAACGGCCAGAAACUUCAAUCCACCUAUGGCUAGAGCUGCCAAGAUAACCAUCGCUGAAGUUGAAGAGAUAGUUGAUGUAGAUUCUUUUGCACCUGAAGACAUCCAUGUACCUAGUAUAUACGUUCAGAAGGUCAUCUUGGGGAAGAACUACCAGAAGAGGAUAGAGAGACUAACAUUGUCCAAGGAGAAGUCUGAAGCCAGCGAAGAAGCCAAAAGUCCAGCUGCUCUACUUAGAGAAAGAAUCAUCAGGAGAGCUGCAUUAGAAUUCAAAGAUGGAAUGUAUGCUAAUCUUGGUAUUGGAAUGCCCAUGCUUGCCAGUAACUACAUAGAUCCAGAUGUGAAGGUCUAUCUACAGAGUGAGAAUGGAGUGCUAGGAUUGGGUCCAUUUCCAAGGAAAGGUGAGGAGGACCCAGACCUGAUCAACGCUGGUAAAGAAACAGUCACAGUGCUUCCAGGUUCUAGUUACUUUGCUAGUGAUGAAUCAUUUGCCAUGAUCAGAGGUGGACAUGUCGACCUGACCAUUCUUGGUGCUAUGCAGGUGUCGAAAUAUGGAGAUCUUGCUAACUGGAUGAUUCCGGGUAAGAUGGUGAAAGGAAUGGGCGGAGCUAUGGACCUAGUCUCCUCCCCCAGGACCAAAGUUGUAGUAACCAUGGAACAUGCUGCUAAAGGAGGCAAGCCAAAGCUGCUUACAGAGUGCAAUCUACCCCUGACUGGAAGGAGAUGUGUGGAUAGGGUCAUCACCGAAAUGGGUGUGUUUGACAUUGACGCUGAGGAAGGCAUGACGCUGGUUGAGAUCGCUGAUGGCGUGACAAUCGAGGACAUCAUCGAGAACACCGAAGCUGACUUUGAAGUUGCUGAAGACCUCAAACCCAUGGGACAAGUCUGAGGUGACCCCCUUAUCUGAUUAUUGAACUGAAUAAAAUGAAAUUGCCUAAAUUGGAUGGGUGCGUUUGGGUGUAACUGUGAAGAACGUUUUUUGUAUUGAAUGUGAACUGUGCAUUAGGAAAGUUCCAUGUGUAUUCAAAAGGUGAUAUGGAAAAAGUAAAUGUGGGGUGUAUUGCAAUUCUCUCUGCCACAAUUAAUGUUUUUGACCAUAGUGUACAUUUCUGACCAAACUGAUAUUGACAAUGCAUCUGUUCGGGUCUUAUGUAAAUUCAGUGGGUCAAAUCUUGAGAAAUGUGAACGGCUUUCAGUGUCAAGCAAAGAAAAAAGAGGAGGUAGGCUAUUAUCAUCAUGCUAUCUGCAGAGAUAUAUAUAUAUGUAUCUUGAGCUUUUAAGAGGAAUUUACAAGUCGGAAAAAAGAAGUUGAAAAAAAAUAUCAACAUGCCAUACCUGGACUUGCAUGUGUGUAUGUGCUGAUUCAGUGACUGUCAUCAGUAACAUAUUGUCUGCUUCUGAACUUUUUUAUUUGUGGUAGACAGAAUUGUAUUAUCGCACAAAAAGCCUUUUUACAGUUCAUCUCGGCUUAUCUGAACAAGGCCUUAUACCCCUAUCACACUUGUCACCUGGAUGGACAUCUGUGAAAUCAAAUGGACAACACUUGGGGGGAAAAGCUCCUCUUACAUUAACAAUUAAGCUUUGGGGAAAAUAUGUUUAUGUGCUCUUAUGUCGUUUGAAAAAUAACCAUGGUACACAAAUGAUUCAUGGACAAUGGUAGAAACAUGUGUUAUUUGUGCUGUGCUGCUUGUAUUUACUAUCUGUUGAAAUAUAUGUACCUUGGUUUACUUCUGGGAGGAAUGAAAAGAAGAGGAUUUUUUUAAUAAGUUAAAAUUUUCGUCAGGAUUUCAUAUCCAAGUCCCAUUCUGUUGCAAGAUAACUUGGGCUUAGCCGGUUGAACUUGAAAGUGUAAAAGGGGUAUAAGAGAAUAAGUCGUCGGCUUUCUGCAAGAAGGGACUUUUACAACUAUUUUUUUUAUUUCAAAUAUUGAAAGAGUACAUCUUAGGCUAUCCAAUGAUGUAAAAAUUAUUUCAAAUUUUCGAGUAAAACUCAAAAUAUCAGCAAAUUAAAAAGGGCAUAAUAAAAAGAACAUUGAAAAAGUUAUCCUUCAGUCUACUCUCUUCUUGUAGGAAGCUGACAAAGUUAUCUAUACGUUAUUGCUGCAUGAAAUUGGUUGUGACUGAUGGAUAUGAAUGGUACACUGGUGGUUGAAUGGAAUUACAUUAACAUGUACUAUAAAAGAAGAAAAACUCACUGUGAGGCACCUGUUUUAUCUGUGAACUGUAUCUGUAAUCAGAAUACAUUCACAGUUGUGUGAAAAAAAGUGAACAAUUGUGAUAUGUACAUGUUGAUCACAAUGUCCAAUUAUUUUGAUAUGCAUAAUAAUCCACUUAAUUGCAGAUUUGAUUAUGUGUUGGUAUUUGGUUUCAUGAUGUACAUUUAGUUCUACAACAAAUCAUUUUGUUUACUCAAAGACAUCAUGUUAUGAUUUGUAUUUUUAAUGACCUUGGGCCUCAUAUUUUAAUGUUUUGGGGGCAUGGUCACUUUGAAAAAUUAGUACACAUUUGUAUAUUACAUCACAAAUUCGAAAAUAUCAAAAAGGUCACCAAAAUCUCCACAUCCAAUGAGAGGGAUAUAGAGGCCAGUCAACAGGGCUUCCGAGAUCAUAGCAUUGAUAGUCUUGAAACUACAUUUAUGUUAGCACCGAACCAAAUAAUUUUUUUUUGUAGGAUUUUUCUUAUUUUUUAUGUUUUUAAACCUCCUGUGUACUUAAUGAAUUGAUCAAUUUCAGAAUCUAUGUAUGAUGAUAAAGGAAUUCCUGGAUAAAAAUUCAUUAGUUUAUUGUGUGGCCCGUGGAGGAUUCCAAUUAUGACAACUAAAUCAAAUCAAUGAGUGCCAACAAAAAUGACUGCAAUGUUGUGUCUUUUCCCCAAUUGAUGCUUAUGCCGUGUGUACCAUUUUUUAUCAGCAAUUUUCUCAUGCGACGUGUGCUGCAAAUUAAUGA